GCCCUCAACUUUUUGCAGAAGAAGCGCGCGCGCCUGGGAGUGCUUGGGGUCCGGCGCUUGCGGCGGCUGCCAGGAGUGAGAGAGCGAGAAAUCAAGCGAGUGAGAGAGAGAGCGCGGGUCCCGGGCCGCCGCCGCCUCCUCUCCGGUCGCCGCCGCAGCCGCCGACGCAGCAGGGAACGGGGCCGGGGGGGAGGGGGGCAGCCGCGGACGCGCGCGGCCAAGGACUUUGCAACUUGCCGGAGAAGGUGGAGGGGCGGGAGGGGGAGGGGCGCCCGCGCAGGAGACCGAGCGCCCAGCCCCGCCGCGGACCAUGGUGCAGCAGGCCGAGAGCUCGGAAGCCGAGAGCAACCUGCCCCGGGACGCGCUGGACACCGAGGAGGGCGAGUUCAUGGCGUGCAGCCCGGUGGCCCUGGACGAGAGCGACCCGGACUGGUGCAAGACGGCGUCGGGCCACAUCAAACGGCCCAUGAACGCCUUCAUGGUGUGGUCCAAGAUCGAGCGCAGGAAGAUCAUGGAGCAGUCGCCCGACAUGCACAACGCCGAGAUCUCCAAGAGGCUGGGCAAGCGCUGGAAGAUGCUGAAGGACAGCGAGAAGAUCCCGUUCAUCAGGGAGGCGGAGCGCCUGCGCCUCAAGCACAUGGCUGAUUAUCCCGACUACAAGUACCGGCCGCGCAAAAAGCCCAAGACGGACCCAGCGGCCAAGCCCAGCGCGGGCCAGAGCCCCGACAAGAGCGCGGCGGGCGCCAAGGCAGCCAAGGGCCCCGGCAAGAAGUGCGCCAAGCUCAAGGCGCCUGCGGGCAAGGCGGGCGCGGGCAAGGCGGCGCAGCCGGGGGACUGCGCCGCGGGCAAGGCAGCCAAGUGCGUCUUCCUGGACGACGACGAUGAAGACGACGACGAAGAUGACGAGCUGCAGCUACGGCCCAAGCCGGACGCUGACGACGACGACGACGAGCCCGCGCACUCGCACCUGCUGCCGCCGCCGACGCAGCAGCAACCCCCUCAGCUGCUGAGGCGCUACAGCGUGGCCAAGGUCCCCGCCAGCCCCACGCUCAGCAGUGCCGCCGAGUCCCCCGAGGGCGCGAGCCUGUACGACGAAGUGCGCGCGGGCGGCCGGCUCUACUACAGCUUCAAGAACAUCACCAAGCAGCAGCCUCCGCCCGCGCCUCCCGCGCUGUCGCCCGCGUCCUCCCGCUGCGUGUCCACCUCCUCAUCCAGCGGCAGCAGCAGCGGCAGCGGCGCCGAGGAUGCAGACGACCUCAUGUUCGACCUGAGCUUGAAUUUCUCCCAGGGCGCGCACAGCGCCUGCGAGCAGCCACUGGGCGCGGGAGCGGCGGGGAACCUGUCCCUGUCGCUGGUGGAUAAGGACCUGGAUUCCUUCAGCGAGGGCAGCCUGGGUUCCCACUUCGAGUUCCCCGACUACUGCACGCCGGAGCUGAGCGAGAUGAUCGCGGGGGACUGGCUGGAGGCGAACUUCUCCGACCUGGUGUUCACGUAUUGAGAGGCGCAGGGCUCCUCGGGAGGCAGUCGUGGCGGUCAGGAUAAAGAGGAUGGUGGGGGGAGGGGGAGAAGAUGCUCAUGGUCAGAGAGAUGUGGCGCUGAGAAAUUGGAAACGGUGAUGAAAUGUUGUUGGAGUUAAAGUGAAAUGAGUAGUUUUAAACAGAUUUUCCAAGUUUUUUUUUUAAUUUUUAUUUUUAAAAAAUUUUUUGGUCUCCCCACUCUUCCCGUCCUUUAUCGUGUCUCAAGGUAGUUGCACACCUAGUCUGGAGUUGUGAUUUUUUCCCCACCCGUAAAAAAACGUGUUUUGUAAUUUCUAUUUCUUUUUCCUGAAAUUCGUGAUUGCAACAAAGGCAGAGGGGACCGGGCGGGGGAGGGGAGGAGGCCCCGCUCCGGAAGGCGCUGUUUGAAGCUUGUGGCUCUUUGAAGUCUGAAAGACAUCGGCAGAGGACCCUUUAGACGGCACAACUGUUACUCUAGGGAGUUGAUUUUUUUUUCUUAAGAGAUUUAAAAAGGAACUGGUGAUUUAAAAAAAGAAAAACACAAAAAGGGACCAUUGCAACCUUUUUAUUUUAUUUUCUUUUUUGGAGGGAGAAAGCUGAUGUCUUCUAUGCAUCCGAUUUCUUAAACUGCAGGGAGCUUGAAAAAAUGCAGUCUGUACAAACGCUUACAAAAAUCAUAACUGUGAACUGACUUAAGACCAGAGUUUACUUUUCAGAUCAAAUUGUUUAUGGUUUUACAAAUGUGAUUUCUACUUGGCAACCUUUUUUUGGUAACUCGUUCCCUUAUACCUCCUUGAUUGAAUACCUUACAGCCUAGACCUCAGUACAAAAAGGUAUUGAAACAUUUUUGAUACAUAACAGACCUCAAUCUUUUUUAAAAAUUAAUAUAUUUUCAGGCGUAUUUUUGUACAGUGAAAAGGGAACAAUCUUGCUGUGUUUUUUCAGUAAGACUUUCAGGCACUUCUUCCCUUUUGAUUUCUUUUUCUUUUUUUCUCUUCUUGUUUUUGUUUUUCUUUUUUGUUUGUUUUUUUAGCAUGCAAAUAUGUUGGUACGUUAUGUCCUGGUUUAAAAGGAUUAAAAAUUUAAAAGUAAUCCUUGCAUCUAAAGGCCUUGUGGUUUAAAAAAAAAAGCAAACUUUUUUGUACAGCUAUAGUAGAGAUUUGUUCAAUAUUUGUAGGUAAAGAUUUAUUGAAAAUGGUGACCUAGACCUCAGAGCUGUUCUUAGUUUAAGACUGUAUGUACUGUAUCAUAGUAGGACCUAUGUAUCUCAUCGCUGUGAUGUGUGGACGGGGCCCCAGACAGAAGGUUUGAAACUGGAUACGCGAUUUUUAUCAAAAAGAAAAAGGAAAGGCACAUAGUUUAAAAUUUUCUCAUUUUGUGCAAUAUAAUUAAAUAAACAGACCAUUGCAUAUUUAGUAGCAAAUGGUGGCGAAGCAGACUCAAUGCACUGUCGAAGUCACCGCCGGGGUUUUUGGGUUUUUUUGUGUGUGCUGAAGUCUGUGUCUUGAUUUUAAUAAAUCAGCAGGAUCGGAUAGAAGCUCGCAUGGCCCUUAGUCUCUCCCGGGAGCCGCGUGUUCACCGCGCAGCGGACGCGGGUGGCGGAGGGCGGAUGCCGCUUUUUGGAGCCCUUAGGCUGCCAUAGGUUGCAGCCCGGUGUCCUCCCUUCUCACCCCGCCCUGCGUCUCCAUCCCCGCCGUGGGCUUCGCGCUGGUCCGUGCCUGGCGAGUCUGGAGCUAGUGUCCACAGGGCUAGGCCUCCGCUUCUGGCUUUGGGUUUUUUCUGUUGUUGUUGGUUUUUUUUUUUUUUUUUAAAUCUCCACCCCCAUCCGCGGGCGGCAUCGCUGCGCGCGCGCGCGCGCGCUCAAUGAGAUACGAGUGGAGAGGGCCGCGCCCUUCAGCGUUAUCCACGCGGGUGGGGCACGAGGAAAGCAAAUGCGCCUAGAGCCGCCUUCACGGUGCAGGAUGGCUUUGGUUUCUUUGAUGGAGCAUUUGCCUCCAGGGGCCCGGUCCAGCCCUCCCCUCCCCCACUGCCCCCUCCCCCCCGCCAGCUUGUCCCUCGUGGUGUCCCGCGCGCAAGCCCAACUCCCCAGGGCCGCGACGCACGCGACCGAGGAGCCCUUCAGCAGUGAAUUGAAACUCGGUGCCCAACAGCCCGACUCUAGACCCACAGAAACCAUUACGGCGCGGGCGCUGACCGCGGGGACUUGACCAGUAGGGAUCCAGGUCGGUGCCCCACGCAAGACAGGCACUGCAGAUAGAGAGCUCGCCCUCACGGAGCAGCGCGAUCUCAUAGCGCGUGGGUGGGGCGGCGACCCGGUGUGGCUUUUUCGGGCUUCCCUCGCCCACCCCUCCCCCACAGCGCCCUGCUGUGAGCCACGCGGGGACCUUUAAGCCGCGAAUAAUUUCACCAGCGGUUUACUGGGGACAGAUUCUGAAGCCUAAGGAAAAGGCAUUCUGAGUGUCUUGAGUUCUUAACAUUUGCAUGUGUUCCCGUUUCCCGUCGGGCGUUUUCCAUGGUGAGGAAGGAACUUUUAAAUAAAUUAGAAAAGGAGUGAGGAUCUGGCUUCAGAAUGGAAGCAUAGCUGCAAUUUGUAUUUUAAAAUUAUGUGGCCGAGUUUCUUGGUAGGAAAAGAAGAGACAGUUCUUGGUUGGAGAUCAGGAAAAAAAGAAAUCUUUUCUUUCUUUCUUUUUUUUUUUUUUUUUUUUUUUUUAAAUCCCAGUUAGAACUCAGGAAAGGCGCUUGAAUGCGCUUUUAACAAUAUUUAAAGCGGUUUCGACGAAUGCAUUGUGAAGACCAUUCCCAGUGAACUCUAUUGAAUGUCUAAUACACAAGGUAUUCCAGCUACUGGCCAGGCUUCAAUAAAAGGUUAGCUGCAUUUUUUUUCCUCCUAAGUAAGUCUUAUUUUUAACUGAGCAUUGACAGUAUCUUAAAAUGGUAACGUGGGCGUGGGCGUUGUGUGCAUAGCAGUCUAGCCGGUUGGGUACCCUGCUCCUGUACCUAGUUCACAGACUCGAGUGCAUUUUUUUUUGGCGAGAUUUCCAUCUUUGAAGAAACAAAAAAACAAAAACACCUGAACCAGCGUUCUCUUAUUCUUUAAGCUGUGGAAAUAAUUUCCAGUUUCUACAUUCUCGAUAUGCAUCCUUAUUAAAAAGAUAAUACGAAUGAAAGGCAGUGUGCUUAAAGUGUGCUUUGCAAAUACAUGUUAUGAAUGACUACGGUCACUGGGCAAAUUAUUUGUAGAAUGAUUAGCCUUUAGCUAGAAAAAAAAAAUCAUUGCAGCUCUUUUGGGCCUGGAUGGUUCUUUUUAAUGUUAAUGGAGGGGAAGUGAUUUAAAUAUGCAUGCUCUUAGCAGUCAGGAUCUGACUUAGUUGUUUUGAGAGAAAAAAAAAUCAAAAGGCAAGGUCUACUUUUUUUCUCUGGGAAUUGAAACCACAAUCAUCUUGAUACUAGAACAGUGUAAGAAAUGAACAUUUGUUCUUCACUUCAGAAUUCAAAUGAGUUUUGCCCAAGGAAUCUGGGAAAUAAGGCAAAUAAGUUGCUCAAUUUUCAAGUAGUCAUUCAAUAGAAAUAUACUCCAUCACUCGGCUUUCUUAUUCUCUGAUGGGGUAUUCUGUAUAGUCUCACUGUUUUCUCCUAAUGGGCAUAUGUAUCUUUGUGGACACUUGGAAGAGAGGUUUUCUUGUACUCUCUCAUUUCUAGAAUCUUUAUACUCUUUUUCCUGCAAGGUUCUCUGCUUUUAACAGAUUUCUGAGGCAACUAUAUUUGUGCUUUUUUCUUAUGUAGGAAGACCAGCGAAACUAGCUUACUGAGUUGUCGAUUUUAUCAGUAGAUAAAGAAACUUUGUUUAUUACAGUUUCAGGGAAGGUUUUUCAGGAUAUUUCUCAGUUAUUCUAAGGGCCAAAUUUUAUAUAUAAAAAAAAAAAAACUUCAUUAGGAAUGUCAGUUUCAGAUACCCUUUGUAUAGCCUGUGGCCUGCAAGCACGACAGGACUGAGCCUUACAUGUGUCCGAACAGGAAUUCAUAAGUCCCCAAAGUAAACGUCUCCAUGUAACGAUUCUUGACGUGUUUCUCUGAGAGUUGGCUUAUUUUGAUUAUCAAUUCUUUCUCACUGUCCAUUCCUAUUGAUUUAUCCUGCCAUAUCUCUUUGGGUUUGAUGAGCUCAACAUUUUUUGCUCUUUGAUAACAACUCAGGUUUUGGUUUGGGGUUUUUCAUGCCCCCUUUGUGUGUUGCUUAUGUUUUCCACCACAGUAUAAAAGUACUGAAGCCAAGCCACUUCCCAUUCAUUCCUUUACUGCUGCCUCCCUUUCCCCAACUCCCAACUCCUAACACACCUUCAUUUUUUUCCCAUCGUCUUCUUCUUCUUCUUUUUUUUUAACACUACCUAGAUGCGUUAGCUGCCUGAUUAGUUUAUCUAUUCCAUGUGGAUGCAGUGAGUUUAUAAGAGAAUUUCACAAACAAGUAGUUUUUUAGUGAACUUAAACAGAAUUUUAAAGGAGACCUAUUUUUAUACUCAAUAAAAGCACAAAACGUGCAUAAAAUAUAGCAUGGCGUACAAAGGGAAAUCCACUCAUAACGUUCCAUGUAUAGAAGUAAUAAUUUUCUUGGAUAGCGAUAUUCUUUGAAGACCCAGUGCCUGUCUGCCUGUGCCCAGACAGGGUGGUUUCCACACACUGGGAACUUCCGGUUGCCGGCACUUGACAAACACAGUUCACCACAGCCACAAAGAGCAAUAGGUAGGAGCUGAGGUGUGCCUCCUGAUGAGCAGUCGGCCACUAGGCAACCUGGAUGUGCCCAUGUGGAGGCUCCAGCCUCACUGUUUGAUCAAACUUCUUUUAUGUAGUCUCUUCUGUGAAAAAAAAAAAAAAAAAGACCAAACAAAGCAAUAGGACAAGUUUGAAAAUGCAUUUGAACAUAGGAUUUCCUCCAGGGUCCUCAAAGAGAUUUUAAAAAAAAAAACAACAACAAAAAAAAACGUGACACUUAAGUUUAGUAGGCACAUUACAUUCCCCUCCCCUUCAAAAACAGAACGACUGGAAAUAAUCAAGACAUAGCGUAAAAAGAAUUUUGAUCAAAUGGAUAUUGACAAAGGGCCCUCGAUCCCAUUUCUCUUCACCCAGCUUGUGUUCAAAAACCUUAUGCCUCGUCCCCUGAAUCACACAGGGAGAAGCGUCCUAUGCCAUUGUCAUGGACUCCCCACUUUGUCUACUUUUGCUCUUGUACAUAUGUUGUGGGUAUCAGUUGUUCCCAUUUGUUCUGUAACACCCUUGUUUGAAUGGACUGUUUUGAAACGGAGGCCUGUGUCUCAGGUAUGGGACACCUAGUGGUCGUGGCAACCCAUCCCGUGAUGCUUUGUUUCCCGGGACAGAGCCACCUGAAGUCUGAGAGUAGUUAUCAGCAUGGCACUGUUAACAAGUGUUCUGUUUUCCAAGGCCGAGAAAAAAAGAAAAAGAAAAAAGGAAAAAAAAAAAAAAGCAACUUUCACAGCUGCUCCAGGUUUGGGAGAGGAAUAGCUGGAAAGCCCUUUUGUUUAGAAGUCUGAGUGGGUUAUGGGGGGACUUUUAUAGAGUUUGCAUGCCAGCGCAGGACCUGUUGCUGUCAGACAGAGAGAAGGAGAAGCUACCUGAGGCAGUGCGCUGGGGGACUACGUAAGUGUCCCGUAGCACUAGGGCAGCAAAUGCAUGGUGAAGUCAUGUCUUCUGGUAGAGGUUAUCUAGCAUGCAGAGUGUAGUGUGUUGAAACUGUAUGACGUUGCUGUAUCAAAGUUGUAAAAUUAAGCAUUAUUUAUUGAAAACUAUGUAUUUUUUUGUAAAAACCUGAUCACACAAGAGAGUAUCAGUGGCUUGUGCUUUGUGCUUCAAUCAAACCAGCUUCGUGACCGCCCUCCUUGGAAUGCAGUGUUAAUGCUCAGGGUUGAAUUCAUACACUCCAAUGUCUCUUUUUGCAGGAGUUUUUCACAGAGGAAUACAUUUGUUCAAAAGACCAAUAAAAAUCGUGUGAUCAAUCUCCACAUGUGGCUUUUAUGUGACUUUUUUGUUUUGUUUUUGAUUUUUUGUUUUGUUUUGUUUUGUUUUGUUUUUUGUUUAUCUUUCCCACUUUGCAUUGGGUAACUACUGUGUGACUCCUAAAGUGUUGUCUCGAAGCUGAGAGAUUUGAAAAGUCUUGGUGUCUCAGCAUCCAACCAGGACCCACAGCUUGGGCAGGACUGGGGCCCUCAGGAAGUGAUGCUUAGGGCAGGCUGCGAGCUGCCCACAGUGGAAUAAGCAUGGUGAUCGUGUCUUGGUAUUUUUAACUGGCCAAUAGAGUAAAUAAAAAGCAUAGGCAAAGUAUAGAGGGGUAGGUUAGCCUGUUUGUCAGAGUUAGAGGAUGAAGGGAUUAUUCAGGGGCAGUUGCUGAUGUUGAAUCCAAUGCCAGCAAACUCCAUUCCUCAGUGUCUUUUUUUUUCCCCCUCUAUAAGCAAUUUACAUUGUAAAUGUAUUUUGACAUAGAAACCAUUCUGUAUUGAAACUCUUGCUAUAAGAUGUUUUUAUGAAAGCCUGUAAGUGGUCCUUGGAAUUAUUAUCAGAUUUUUUUAAAGAUGUGUUUACAUGGUGAGUGUUUGUUGCAUAUUAAUUAAAUUUGGUUUUGUAGAAACAUCUGUGUCGUAUCAUGACGGAUCUCUAUGGGCACGGCUUACACACUCACAUGCGUGGCUCACACACCCACUUCUGGGCCCCUGGUAAGACCAAUGUCAACUUUAAGCAAAAGAACAAAUACCCAGCUCCAUGUGUUGGACAGCUCUCUGGUUUUUAUAUAAGACAUUUUUACUUCAUAGAUGACUUUCAAAGGGUGUCACCCUUUCAUAGGAUUUGACUUUUAUUUUGAAAGAAAACAAGAUAGACUACAUACAGCCUUUCAUCUUAAAGUAGAUGUUUUUUUUGUAAGAAUUCAACAAAUAAAUUCAUUGACAUUUCUGGC